AUGGAAGGAUUAAGGAAGAAGUAUAGAAUAGAAAAGAAGAGUCAAAAAUACAUAACACGCAAGAAUAUUAUUGGUGCUGAUCUUGAAGCUUAUAAAGAAGUUUCAUGCAAGUCACCUACUCAUUUCAAUUCUGAGCUCUACACUAUUCAACAAACAUAUUGUAACAAAAACUCAAGUUAUGUAAUCCGUGGUCCUACACAUUGA